AUCGUUGACUUGCUGCUGGAGAACGCUCACAUUUGGCAAUUGAUUUCGGAUUCUUUCGACCCAGCUCUAAGAGCUGCCGCUUACAAUGGUCACGCUGACAUAGUGCGAGCUUUGCUUCUUGCUGGCGCUCGGGUCGACUCGCCUGCCGCAGAUGGCAGCACUGCACUAGCCUUCGCAAGCAGGAAAGGCCAUGUUGGCGUCAUUGAGGAGCUUCUUGAUUGGGAAGCAAUUGUGACAGUCGGCUGCAAAAUGUACAAUGGUUCAAUCUCGGUAGCCAUACAGGCCGGUAGCGCAGCAAUUGUCGAAAUACUUUUGCGGCGAGCCCAACCUACAAGUGCUCAG